UUUACCACGGUUUCAUCCUGCAUGCAAAUUCCAGAAUGAAGUGCUUAGCAAUAGCCGUCUUCGUCCUUCUUGGGACAAUUUGUGAAGGUCGUGACGCCAACGACGCGCGGAUCGUGGCUGCUUACUCGACCCGCACGGCCAUCACCCUGACAACGAUCACGUCGACGCAGCCCUACACCUGCUACCUGAAGGCCCAGAGCAACGCCUGCCUGAAGAGGAGACUCCGCCGGCAGAAGCCCCUGGCUCAGACCGUCAACGAGGACGCUGCCUCGGAUGACGAAACCCUACUGGAAAGCACCUUCGAGGACCCGCUGGAGCCGGAGGGCAGGGAUCUGGGCUCCGCUCAUCGACAGGGUCGAAUUGCCCUCACCGUCUGGACAACCAGCUCCUCAACCUACACCAUCACGUCGACCUCCAUCAACUCAUCGACCACUUACUCCUUGUCCUACUACUGCUCCAUCAGCGGAUUCCCAUACCCACCUGCCUGUCUACCUGAGCAAGUGUACCUGCACAAGUAUACUGAAAGCUCUAAUGUACCCAGAUGUAUCCACACGUUCAGUUGUAUGGCAUCUUACCACAACUAUGACAAGGGUCAUACUGGCACAAAGCAGCAUCGUCUAAGUCAGUCAAGCUUAGCGAAACUCCACUUCUUCAUAUAUUCCUCUCCAGAUUUCUCUGUUGUUAAUUGUGAAACUCUGUUGCUGUUCCCUGGCAUUUAUGUCAGAAUGAAGUUCCUGGCUUUUGUGGUCUUCGUCCUUCUAGGGACAGUCUGCCUUGGGCGGGACGCCAACGACGCCCGGAUUGUGGCUGCUUACUCCACCCGCACUGCCAUCACCCUGACGACGAUCACCUCCGUGCAGCCCUACACCUGCGCCUUUUCCGUGACUACCACCCCGUGCCAGAAGAGGAGGAUCCGUCGACGAGAGUCCGUGCGACUGGGCCCUGAGGAUGACUCUCUCGCCGGUGAUGACAAAACACUGCUAGACAGCACCUUCGAGGACCCACUGUCGUCCGAGGGCAGGGCACUGGACUCCACGGAUCGACAGGGUCGAAUCGCCCUCACCGUCUGGACAACCAGUUCCAGUACUUACACCAUCACGUCGACUUCCAUCAACUCCUCAACAACCUACUCCUUGUCCUACUACUGCUCCAUCAACGGAUUCCCCUUCCCACCAGCCUGUGGCUAAGGGCCAGGAUUGGCUGGAACUGCCUGAUUUCCUGGAACUGCUUGGGUUCUUGGAACUUCCUGGAUCCUGGAACUGCGUGGGUUCCUGGAACUCGUUGGUUUAAUCGAGCGGUUUGGGUCAUGGAACUCCUUGGGUUCCUGGAACUGACUGGGUUAUGGAACUGCUUUGGUUCCUGGAACUGCUUGGUUUCCUGGGACUACAGGGGAUCUUGGAAGUGCUUUGGUUCCUGGAACUGCUUAAGUUCCUGGACACCAGAAUACCUCCUGUACUAGGCAGAAUCACUCAGCGAGUAUUUCCGAAGGUUUGUCACUGGAUCUGAGCUUAGUUUAUGUUUAUCUUUAAAGGCUCUUCUCUCUUUGUUUUAUAUUUUACAAUAAUUGUCUGCAUUAUUUCUUUCUCUUAUUUUAACUAAUUUUCGCCCGAAUUAGUCUUUGUUUUAAUUUGUAAGGGUCGCAAAUUUGUCAAUACGCACUAUUUUACAAGAAAAUAUUUUUUGGUUUUAUGACCUCCCUGUUAAUAACCAAUAAUAAAGGCAAAUGAAAAGUA